CGCGGCUUUGCGGCCGCCACUAUUCCUUCCGUCAAUCCUGACCAAUUCUCUUCCAUCUUUUCGCCAUAUAUAAUUAAUUCCACGGAGCCGAAUGCUGACCAAAAAUGGAAUCCGUCGCAGAGAAAAAGGAGAAAUCCGCCACCAAGUGAGCCUCUCUCGUCCCGGAUGCUUCCUGUUCUCCUCCCCUAGGGUAUCAAUUUCCGGCGAGCUCCUCGGUUCUUCCACUGCUCCAUUUCUGGGACCAGGAUUUCGCUUUUGGCCCCCGGAUCAGCAGUAGUUUGGUUGGAUGUCCAGCUCCGAGAAAUCGGGGGUUAUGUGGUUAUCACAGACGGUUUGAUGUUCUAGGAUUUGUUUCAGCAAGGAAAAGUUCUUUUUCAUUGUAAAGAUUUGAUUUUUAGCUCGGAAAAUGGUUCGAGGAUUUGAAAUUGGAGGUCUUGUUGGGUUUCGGAACGGUCGGGCCAACAAAGCCGUGGUUGCAGCGUUUUCAGCAACGAAGAUUUGAGCCUUUUUAUGUGGGAAUUGGUCUCUAACGCCAAGUUGGAGGGAUUUCUGAGUAAUAGGUAGCCGGGUUUUCCUCUGUUAAGACGAGGGAAUGCGGCUCUUUUGUAUAGAAAUCCCUCUGCUGAAGAUGAAAGAUUUCAUUUUUUGUCGAUUACUAUACCAAUAUUAACCCAGAGGAGUGAAAAAUCGAUCAUUUGGUUUACCAGAAAGAAAAGAUGGAUGGUUUUUUGCUUAUGGAUAAUGGGACUGGAGGUGCAGAGGAUCCAUUCGGCCUUUCGGCACUCACGAACUUUGAUGAUUUCGGUGAACCUUUCAGUCCUUCAACUGCAGACCAGAUUUGCUCUGCACUAAGCGACUCGGCUGCUGCUCAGUUGAUGCCCGGGAAUUUGGUUUCCAUUGGACUGCCUAAAAUCUCGGUGGCACAAGGACUGGAUGCCGUUACCGGGGAUGCUAAAGUCUCAGCUGGUGCUUGUUCUAGCAGCAGGGAGGUGGCUUCCCCGAGGACUAGCAUGCAAUUUGUGUUGUCCCCUAAUUCUUCAGGGAUGGAGGGAAUAAAGAGGAGCAAUAAUAAUUAUUUUGCUUCUGAUGACAUUUCCAACAAGGGAACAAGCUUUGUUCCCAUGCCCAUUGCAGGUUUUUCACUUCCAGAGAGGUUGCUCAGAGCGCUGUCCUUGUUUAAGGAGUCUUUAUGUGGUGGAAUUCUUGCUCAAGUUUGGAUGCCUAUCAAACAAGGUGAUGUGUACAUGUUAAGUACUUCUGAGCAGCCCUUUCUGCUGGACCAAAGUCUUGCCGGCUAUCGUGAAAUUUCAAGGCAGUUUACAUUUUCAGCAAAGGCAGCACCUGGCUUGUUUCCUGGGCUUCCUGGACGUGUAUUCAUAUCCGGAACACCGGAGUGGACCUCAAACGUUGCCUAUUAUCAUAGGUUCGAGUACUUGAGGGUAGACCAUGCAAUUAGUCAUGACGUCCAUGGAUCGAUUGCAGUUCCAGUGUUGGAUCCCUCUGAAGCUUCGUGCUGUGCAGUGCUUGAGAUUGUUACGACCAGGGAGAAAACUGAUUUCGAUAUGGAGAUCGAUGGUGUUAGCCAGGCCUUGGAGGCUGUAAAUUUAAGGACCAUGAAAGCCCGGACUCAUCAACAGAAUCUCACAAAAAGUCAGAAAUCCGCAUUCACAGAGAUACUGGAUGUUCUGAGAGCUGUUAGUGUUGCACACAUGUUACCUUUGGCACUUACGUGGGUUCCCCUUUCCUAUGGUUGUGGAAGUAUGGAUGAAUGCAUGGAAGCUGAUGUUCAGAUACAGUCAAGUUUUCCUGAAAAAACUAUGCUCUGCAUCCAGGAAAUGGCCUGUUAUGUCAAUGAUAAAAGGAUGCAGGGUUUUCUUCAUGCAUGUGCUCAACAUCACCUUGAGAAAGGACAGGGAAUUGCUGGCAAAGCACUUCAAUCAAAUCACCCCUUUUUCUCUCCCGACGUAAAAGAUUACGAGAUAUGCGCGUAUCCACUUGCACAUCAUGCUCGUAAGUAUGGUUUGUGUGCUGCUGUCGCAAUCAGGCUCAGGAGCACGUAUACUGGCAAUGAUGAUUACAUACUUGAGUUGUUUCUUCCAGUCAGUUGCAGAGGUGGUGAAGAACAACAACUGUUGUUAAACAACCUUUCAAGUACCAUGCAGAGAAUUUGUAAGAGUUUGAGAACUGUCUCAGAUGCUGAAAUAUUUGGAGCUGAUAUAGCCAGAAUAGGCAUUAACUGGGGAGAAGGAAUAGGUUCCUCAUCAACUGAUUUCUCUGUGAAGUGCUCUCAACUAACGGACGGUGAUGAUGAACCAACAACUGAGAAGCCUUUUGAAAAUCAAAUUACAAGACCUAAUGAGCAUGGAGGAGGUCCUUUUCACGAGCAGCAUCUCGAUUCUAUGUUGCAGUCAAAGCCUAGCUCGACAAGGCAUCUGGAAAAAAAGCACAGUACAACCGAGAAGAACAUUAGCUUAAGUGUUCUUCAGCGGUACUUUCCUUUUAGUCUCAAGGAUGCUGCGAAAAGCAUGGGAGUUUGUCCAACAACACUGAAAAGGAUAUGCAGACAGCAUGGGAUUUUAAGAUGGCCAUCUCGUAAGAUUAACAAGGUCAACCGUUCAUUGAAGAAGAUCCAAACUGUGAUUAACUCUGUGCAGGGAGUGGAGGGAGCAUUAAAUUAUGAUCCUGCUUCUGGAUGUCUUGUUGCUGCAGUCUCUUUGCCUGAAAAACCAUCAAUGUUAACCUUAGAGCCAUCUGGUCGAUAUUGUUUUCCUGUAUCUUCUGCUCCUCGCGUUGAAACUAAACAAUUUAUUGGGAAAUCAGAACCAAACCACUCUUCUAUUGAUGGUCACCAACAAGUGACUUCUAGCCAAUUAAAACUCCCUAAUGUGCAUAAAUGUGAAGGGAAUGAACUCCAUGUUGCCCCAGAUGGCAGAAGCAAUGAGUGCAAGUUUACUUCUACUGAUGGACCAUUACAGCAGGCUAACACUGAAGGUACAUCUUCAUGGCCAAUAAAUUUCAAAGAUAUUUUCCAUAGUUCAUAUCUUACAAAAGAAACAGGCUGCCAACAUGCAUUCGGCAAAGGUAACUUGAGUUUACAGAGCCUUCAGUGUCAGAUUAUGUCAAGGGGCUCGAGUUCUAUGGAAGCAGUGGAUGAAAUGAAUGCUAAAAUACAUGCUGAUGAUGGAAUCAGAGAACACAGCCAUCCUUCUUCUUCCAGCAUGACAGACUCUUCCAAUGGCAGUGCAUCAAGUUGCCCAAUUUUUAUGAAAAGCUCUAAAAGUAUGGUAGCUGCUACUGAAAGCGGACCAGCCAUCACGGUGAAGGCUACUUAUAAAGAUGACACUGUGAGGUUCAAGUUCUUACCAUCCACGGGUUGCCACCAUUUGUUUGAGGAAGUUGGAAAGAGAUUCAGAUUGUUGGCUGGGACAUUCCAGCUCAAGUAUAUAGAUGACGAGGAAGAGUGGGUGAUGUUGGCAAGUGACUCUGAUCUGCAGGAGUGCAUUGAAGUAUUGGAGUAUAUAGGAUCCCAUAGUGUAAAGCUUCAAGUUCGAGAUGUGCCUUGUGCUAUUGGCAGCUCUAGAAGUAGUAAUUGCCUGCUAAUGGAGUCAUAAAGCCUCAAAGAGAGGAGAGCAUCCAUUUUAGAUACUUGUGUAGAAGUAGGAAGUGUUUUUUGCAGGAUAUAUACUUCGUAGUAACACGUAUAGAUGUUGUAGAUGUAGGAAGAGAUAUCGAGGGUGUUGGUUGGCAGGAUUGAUAACAAGCUGCUUGCUAUGUGUUGUACAAUACAAUUUGCACUUUCAGUAUUCUGUAUAUAAAGUAGGUAUUUCACUACU